AUGCCGAGCGAUACCACGACCCACAAGGGCAAGCCCUUCGAGCGCGCUGCCUUCGAGCAGCUUAUGAAGCACAAAUACUUCUACGCGCCCUCGUUCGACAUCUACGGUGGUGUCGCCGGCCUCUACGACUACGGCCCGCCCGGCUCUGCCCUCACCGACAACAUCGUCGACAUAUGGCGCGAGCACUUCGUCCUCGAGGAGGACAUGCUCAAGGUCGAGCCCACCAUCCUCACCACACACGAGGUCCUCAAGACCUCCGGCCACGUAGACAAGUUCGCCGACUGGAUGUGCAAAGACCCCAAGACGGGCGAGAUCUUCCGAGCCGAUCACUUGGUCGAAGAGGUUCUCGAGGCCAGGUUGAAGGGCGACAAGGAGGCACGCGGCCAGAAGGUCGAGGCUGAGGAGGAGGAUCCCAAGAAGAAAAAGAAGAAGGUCAAGAACAUCUCGGCCGUCAAGCUUGAGGACUCCAUGGUCAAGGAGAUCGAGGAGGUGCUGGCCAAGAUUGACAACUACAACGGCGAAGAGCUCGGCCUCCUCAUGAAGAAGUACGACAUCAAGAACCCCGCUACCAACGGCGAACUCCUACCGCCCGUCGCAUUUAACCUCAUGUUCCAGACCUCCAUCGGCCCCUCGUCCAAUCUGCCCGCAUACCUACGUCCUGAGACCGCCCAGGGUCAGUUCGUCAACUUCCAGAAGUUGCUAGACCACAACAACCAGCAAAUGCCCUUCGCCUCUGCCUCUAUCGGCAAGUCGUUCCGCAACGAAAUUUCCCCGCGACAGGGUCUGCUACGCGUACGAGAAUUCCUCAUGGCUGAGAUCGAGCACUUUGUCGACCCGGAGGGCGGCAAGAAACACCCACGCUUCGAGGAGGUCAAGGACGUUGAGCUUGAGCUGCUCAACCGGGACGUACAGCUUUCAGGCAAGACCACUGUUGAGACCACCAAGAUUGGCAAGGCUGUCGAGACGGGUCUGGUCGACAACGAGACACUUGGUUACUUCUUGGCCCGUAUCCAGCUGUUCCUGCUCAAGCUCGGCGUCGACCCAAAGAAGAUUCGCUUUAGACAGCACAUGGCCAAUGAAAUGGCCCAUUACGCCGCCGACUGCUGGGACGCUGAGCUGCUCACAUCAUACGGCUGGAUCGAGUGUGUCGGUUGUGCUGACCGUAGCGCAUACGAUCUCUCAGUCCACAUGAAGAAGACCGGUGCACCUCUUAUUGUCCGUGAAACACUAAAGGAGCCGAAGAAGGUUGAAGAGUGGCAAUGCCAACUCGACAAGAAGAAGUUCGGUCCCACCUUCAAGAAGGACGGUAAGACUGUCGAAGCGGCCAUCGAAGCACUGUCGCAAGAUCUCCGUGAGAAGCUAUCUCUAGACCUAGAGAAGGAGGGCAAGAUCGUCAUUGACGUUCCUGAAGUUGGUGAUGGCAAGGUCGAGGUACCAAAGGAGCUCAUUACCAUAUCGAAGCAGACCCGAGUAGAACACACACGGGAAUACACACCAAACGUCAUCGAGCCGUCAUUUGGUAUUGGCCGCAUAUUCUACGCUCUAUGUGAACAUGUCUACUGGACCCGUGAGGACGACGAAGCCAAGGCUGUCCUGUCCUUCCCUCCGGCCGUCGCACCGACCAAGGUGCUCAUCGUGCCACUCAGUUCAAACCCAGACUUCGAUCCGUUCGUACGGAAACUGAAGGACAAACUGCGGAAGAUUGGUGUCUCCAACCGCGUCGACGCUUCCGGUGCCUCAAUCGGCAAGCGCUAUGCCCGUAACGAUGAGCUUGGUACACCUCUCGGUAUCACCGUCGAUUUCCAGUCCAUCAAGGACAACACAUUCACACUCAGAGACCGAGACACUACUGGCCAAGUGCGCGCAAGCCUCGAGGAGAUUGCUCAGGCCGUUGCGAACAUCGUGAGGGGUGAAGAGACCUGGUCAGAUGUUGCCGCACGGUUACCCAAGUUUGAGGGCCAAGAGGUCGACUGA